AUGGCGCCUGCUUCGCACUCAGAUACCUACAGCGCUGCUGUCGAAUACGCAGCUAAAAGGGGUAUCAAUGCCUUAGCCAGACGCGAUCUCCAGAACCCAAACCACACACAGCAAGUCACUUUGGGUAUCAUCGGUGUCUAUGUCGUCGUUAUUGCUAUUCUGUGGAACGUUCCUUAUGUCCGCAUGGUCCUCUGGCCAUUCAAGAUGCUGGUCAUUGCCUUUCACGAGUUUGGUCACGCCAUUACCGUCCUUUUCACCGGAGGCCGCGUCAAGUCUAUCAGUCUUGACCCCAACGAAGGCGGAGUAACUCACCAUAUCGGUGGCGCAAGCGCUAUUGUUCUACCUGCUGGCUAUCUAGGCUCAUCCAUCAUCGGUGCUCUGCUCACCUUCUGCGGCUUCAACAUCGUUGCCAGCAAAGUAGCCAGCAUUGUUCUUGGCGUCUGCUUCCUCCUAACCCUCUGGUGGGGAAAGCGUGAUUGGCUCACCAUUCUCACUGUUCUCUUGGCUGUUGGACUUCUCAUUGCCUGCUGGUUCAUCAAACACGCCGAGGCCUUGCGUUUUGUCGUUCUCUUCAUCGGCGUCAUGUCUUCGCUCUACAGCAUUUGGGAUAUCUGCGAUGAUCUGAUUCUUCGGAAAGUCAACGAGUCUGACGCCAGCGUGUUUGCAAAGCGAUAUGGUGGCUCAUCUCAGUGCUGGGGUGUCAUCUGGUCCAUCAUCUCGAUUCUUUUCAUGGCUGCUGGUAUUGUCGCCGGCUUGGCAGUAUUUUCGCAGUCAUUUGAGCAGCAACAGAAGGACUCGCAAAAGUUCAUUCCUACCUAG